AUGGACGGACUGUCGUCUGCAGCCAGUGUUAUUGCCGUUAUCCAACUGGCGGGUAGUAUUGUGGCAACUUGUGGAGGUUAUAUUAAAGGCGUGAAGGAUGCGAGGGAGGACAUUAUUCGCCUUCAGCAUGAGGUCGUUGGUCUCAAAUGCGUCCUUGAGAAGCUCGAAGAUCUACUUCAUGGUUCCAACGGAUUCAAGCUAUCCACCUCCCGAACAUUGGUCGACGGAAUCAACAGAUGCCUUGAAGCCCUUAAGGACUUAGAAGACAAAAUUGAUCCAGGGAAAGGGAGAAAAUUGAUGAGAAGACUUGGACGCCGAGCACUAGAGUGGCCUAUCAAACGCACUGAGGUGGAAAGAGUGGUGACAGAUCUCGAGAGGUUCAAAGGGCUAUUCACCCUAUCCCUGCAGGUUGAUCAGACUACCUUCACAAUGUGCAUGGCUCAAACCACCGAGCUUAUGGACCAGAACCUGCACCUAGCAAAGCUGCCAGUUGCGCGUGGGGCUGAGUUCGAUUCGUAUGCCGAUCAACAUGAAGAGGAAUGUUUACCAGGCACCAGAACAGAGAUUUUGCGGCAAAUUGCGGAAUGGGCGAUGUCGCCGGAGGGCAGAUGCAUCUUCUGGUUAAAUGGCAUGGCUGGGACUGGAAAAUCAACAAUCUCCAGAACUAUAUCGAGACACUUUCAACGAGACAGGAUAUUGGGUGCAAGCUUUUUUUUCAAGAGGGGAGAAGGAGACCGAGGAAACCCUAUGAGACUUAUUCCGACAAUCACGAAACAACUUGUCCUCAGAAUUCCUCAGCUGUUACCUGGUGUACAGGAUGCAAUCCAAAACAACCCUGAAAUCGCCGGAAAGUCGCUAAAGGAGCAAUUUGACAAAGUACUUCUUCAACCACUACUGGACUUGAAGCCGUUCGAUCAGAAAAUUCCGACCUUAGCGAUAGUGAUCGACGCAUUGGAUGAAUGUGAAAACGACAAUGACAUACAAGUUAUACUUCAGUUGUUACCACAGCUACAAAAGCCAACUGCGUUGUAUUUACGAAUUCUCUUGACAAGCAGGCCUGAAGUACCCAUUCGUUUAGGAUUCUCAAGGAUAGAGAAUCGUGACUAUCAGGGUCUUGCUCUCCAUGAAAUUCCUGUAGCAAUUGCGGAGAAAGACAUAUCUAUGUUCCUGGAAGAACGGCUCGCAAAUAUCAGACUUACGAGAGAUGUGCCCCAGGGCUGGCCCAGCGAUGGCAAUUUCGAAAGCUUACUGAAAAUGUCAAGCCCAUUAUUCAUUUCCGCAGCCACUGCGUGUCGAUUCAUUGAAGAUUUGAAGUGGGAGCCAGCUGUACGCCUUCAAGAACUUCUACAGAACCAAGCAAAAUACGCGUCAAAAAUGGAAAAAAUAUACAUGCCAAUUCUCACACAGCUCCUUGAUGAUCAAGAAGAUGAUGAUUCAGAAUUAUUGCUGAAACAAUUUCAGAAGGUAGUCGGUGCCAUUGUCCUUCUUGCUACUCCGCUUUCUGUCAAUACGCUCUCCCGGCUUCUCGGUAUUCGAGCACGAGCUAUCAGUCAUCACUUGGACUUCUUUCGGUCUGUUCUCAGCAUACCCAGUGACGGAGACCUGCCAGUUAGGAUUCUACAUUUAUCGUUUCGAGACUUCUUGGUUAACUCCAAGAGUAAGUUUCGCGUGGAUGAGCAAAAGACAAACGAAGAUAUCGCCGCCUACUGUUUUACCACCAUGCGCAGUCACCUAAAAAAGGACAUCUGCAAUCUGGUUAGCUAUGGGAAACAUCGAGCAGAUAUCGAUGCCCACUCUAUACACCAUCAUCUACCAUCAGAAUUACAAUACUCCUGUCGUUACUGGGCACAUCAUCUUUUGCAAACUGCAGAUCCUAUCACCGAGAUGAAUAAUGCCUUUUCAUUUCUCCAGCGGCACUUCUUACACUGGAUGGAAGCAAUGAGUGUCUUGGGUCUCGCAUCUGAGGUUGUUGGUACUCUCAACUCCCUCUUGUCGGCCAUGAAUUUGCCAAGGGUUAAGGAGAACUGGGGCUCAGAACUCCAGACUCUCGAGGGCCAUUCGGAUGUGAUUCAUUCAGUGGCAUUCUCGCCCGAUGGCCAGCUCUUGGCGUCCGGGUCAAGUGACAAGACAGUCUGUGUUUGGCAUGCCCUGACUGGCGCUCUGCGGCAGACUCUCGAGGGCCACUCGGAUGCCGUUCAGUCGGUGGCAUUCUCGCCUGAUGGCCAACUCUUAGUGUCCGGCUCGGGUGACAAGACAAUUCGGAUCUGGGAGCUCGCAACGGGCGCCUUGCAGCAGACUCUCGGGGGCCAUUCAAGUGAGGUUUGGUCGGUGGCGUUCUCGCAUAAUGGCCAGCUCUUAGGGUCUGGCUCUUUUGAUAAAACAGUUCGACUUUGGGAUACCGCGACGGGUGAGCUCAAGCAGACUCUUGAGGGCCAUUCCAAUUGGGUUCUAUCAAUAGCAUUCUCACACGACAGUCAAAUCCUGGCAUCAGGCUCGCGUGAUGGGACUCUGCAUCUCUGGAAUACCGCAACGGGCGCCCUGCUGCAGACCCUCGAGGGCCAUUCAAGUGAUGUUUGGUCGGUGGCGUUCUCGCAUAAUGGCCAGCUCUUGGCGUCUGGCUCUUUUGAUAAGACAGUUCGACUCUGGGAUACCGCGACAGGCGCCCUAAUACGGUGUCUCGAGGGCCAUGCGCACGUAGUUCAAUCGGUGGCAUUCUCGCCUGACGGCCAACUCCUAGUUUCCGGUUCCGGCGAUAAGACAGUCCGGGUCUGGGGGACCGCCACCGGCGCCCUACAGCAGACUCUCGGGGGUCAUUUUGAUUGGGUUCAGUCGGUGGCAUUCUCUCCGAACAAACUGAUUUUAGCGUCUGGUUCGUUUGAUAAAACAAUCCGGCUUUGGGAUAUCACCAUGGGUGAAAAUACAGAGGAUUUUGAGGGCCAUUCGAAUAUGGUCCAAAACGUAGUAUUUUCACCCGACGGUCGGCACUUGGCAUCUGGCUCUUUCGACACAACAGUGCGGCUUUGGGAGAUAACCACCGGCUCCCUCCAGCUGACAAUAGAGGGCCACACUGAUGGGGUUCAUUCGUUGGCAUUUUCACCUGACGGCCAGCUCUUGGCGUCCGGUUCAGGUGACAAGACAGUCCGUGUUUGGCAUACUAUGACUGGCUCCCUGCGGCAGACACUCGAGGGUCAUUCGGAUACCGUUCAAUCGGUGGCAUUCUCACCAGAUGGCCGUCACCUGGCAUCAGGCUCUUUCGACAAGACAGUGCGGCUUUGGGAUAUAACUACGGGUUCCAUCCAGCAGACUCUCUCAAGUCAUUCGGAUGCGGUUCAAUCAGUGGUAUUCUCACCUAAUGGUAAGCUUUUAGCAUCAGGCUCUUUUGACAAGACCGUUCGACUCUGGGAUUCUGCGAAGGGAACUCUGAGGCAGACACUCCGAGGUCAUCUAAGUACGGUUCAUUCGGUGGCAUUUUCGCCAGACGGCCAGUUCCUGGCUUCCAGCUCAAGUGACAAGUCUGUACGACUCUGGAGUACCUUAACAGGCGCUCUACGGCAGAAUCUGAUGGUUCAUGGAGUAGUCACCAAGCUGCAAUUUUCUCAAGAUGGGACAUUCAUAACAACAAACCUCGGGUCACUUAAUAUCCAUUCCAAAAGUAUGAUCCACGCCCCACUUCGAAAAUAUCUCGAUAUAUCUAUACAGGACCGCCAGUGGAUCUGCAUCAAUGGUCAAAAGAUGCUGUGGCUUCCUCCUGAGUUUCGACCCACCUGUUCGGAGGUCAAGGAAGUUACUCUGGCCUUGGGGCAUGCGUCAGGACGGGUUUCAUUGAUAGAAUUUAAUGAUUAG